AUGGAUACAGCAGCAGGGGACCAACUGCUGUUGAUGCUUAUUCGUUUUCUCAAAGGUGUCAGUUCACAGCCAACAUUGACUCAGCCGGCCACUGUGUCUGUGUCCCCGGGACAAACAGCUACAAUAACCUGCGCCAUCAGCAGUAACCCAACCAACACAGGCUGGUAUCAACAGAAACCUGGACAAGGCCCUCGCUAUGUCCAACGUGAUGGUGGCAGCAGGGGAGAAGGCAUCCCGGAUCGAUUCACUGCUUCCCGCUCUGGGAACAUCACCGGUAGUCAGGCAGAAGAUGAGGCUGAUUAUUACUGUGCUAUGUGGUCCAUCAGAGCUAUCACAUUCCACAGUGGUGUCAGUUCACAGGUAAGGUUGACUCAGCCAGCCUCCCAGUCUGUCUCACUGGGACAGACGGCUAAACUCUCCUGCACCAUCAGCAAUGAUCCAUACUACAUUGGUUGGUAUCAACAGAAACCUGGACAGGACCUUCGCUAUGUCCAACGUGAUGGUACCAGCAGGGGAGAAGGGAUCCCAGACCGAUACACCGCUACCCGCUCUGAGGACGUAGCCUAUUUAACCAUCACUGGCAUUCAGGCUGAAGAUGAGGCCAAUUAUUACUGUGCUAUGUGGGACAAGGGAAGAGCCAUCCAUGCCGCCAACGCCGCCAACGCCACCAACGACGAGGAGGAGAGCUCUCCGCAGCAGACUGCUGGGGAAAGACAAAUCUUGCCGGGGCUCUGA